UUGAGUUUCGUCAGUUAAGUCCUUGAGGGUACAGGUUUAGGGGGAGAGUGGGGAUUGGGCCGUCAUCUUUUCGUCAGGGCCCGCAGUGAUGACGUAAGCAGCGUGCGACAGGACCCGCACCAGCCUGAGCUCCGGAGCGGAGUUGGCAGCAGCGCCAGGGAGACAGACAUGGCUGCCCCCACGCAGCGCUGCCGCCGCAGCGGAGGGUUUGCUGGGUGUCCGCCGACGACGAGGCCUCGGUGGUGGCUCGCGUUGCUCCUGGUCUCCGUGUCCUCCCUGCCGGCGGUGACCGCGCUGGUGGACGGCCUCUACUGCGGCACGGAAGUGUGUUACGAUGUGCUCGGUGUCAGUCGGGAGGCCGUCAAGUUGGAUAUCGCCCGGGCUUACCGGCAGCUGGCCCGCCGGUACCACCCGGACCGCUUCAGGCCGGGAGACCCCGGCUCGGAGGGGGAGACCCGUGAGUCCGCGCAUAUGAAGUUCCUGCUCAUCGCCACCGCGUACGAGACGUUAAAGGACGAGGACACUCGGAGGGACUACGACUACAUGCUGGACCACCCCGAGGAGUACUACCAGCACUACUACACCUACUACCGCCGACAGCUCACCCCCAAGGUGGACGUCCGAAUCGUCAUCUUGGUCACCAUCUGUGCCAUCUCCAUCUUCCAGUAUUACAGCUGGCACAGCAGCUACAACGAGGCCCUCAACUACCUGGUGACGGUGCCCAAGUACCGGAUCCAGGCCACGGAGAUCGCCAAGCAGCAGGGCCUCCUCAACCGCACCAAAGAGAAGGGCAAGAACCGCCGCUCCAAGGAGGAGAUCCGCGAGCAAGAGGAGGAGGUGAUCCGUGACAUCAUCAAAAACAAGAUCGACAUCAAGGGCGGCUACCAGAAGCCCAACGUGUCGGACAUCCUGCUGAUCCAGAUCGUGCUCUCCCCCUACUACCUGACCCAGUACGUCUCCUGGUACGCCUCCUGGUUUUACCGCUUCACCUUCUGCAGGGAGGAGUACGGUGAGGAGGACAAGUUCUACAUCAUCAGGAGAAACAUGAAGAUGUCUCAGUCCCAGUUUGACGGCAUUGAUGAAAACACCCGACAGUCUUUCCUGGACAAGCGGCUCUGGAUCAAAGAAAACUAUGAGUUGUACAGAAAGGAGCAGGAGGAGGAGAUGAAGGUGAAGAUGGCGACCGACCCGAGGAUGAAGAGGUACCGCCGCUGGAUGAAGAACGAGGGGCCGGGCCGGCUGACGUUCGUUGACGACUAACGAAGCCUCCGAGUCACGUCUGGGACGUACACACCUGCCUCAGUGCCAACACACACGUACCUGUACAGAAACAUUACCUGUGCCUGUUUAUAUGGGGAGAGAUAUUUUCAUAGUGAUUGGGACAUAGAGACGACAACAAGAUGGAAUUUACUGCGUUCUUUUUUUUUUUUUUUUUUUACAUCAUGCUAUUUUUUUGUUGUGUCAAACCAAAUGAAAGCCUAUUGAUGAAUGCUGUUUUUUAGAAUGUUUGGCUCUGUUCUGCUGUUGAAAGCAGACGGAUGAAUGAGUUUGGUGAUUUUUGUUGGACAGGUGACACCAGUGUGACCUCUGUCAGAAGUGUCCUUGGGCAAGGCAUUGGACCGCCAUCUGCUCAACCUGUAUGCUGUGUUAAAUUAAUGAAGGUGAAUUAGCCGUUCCUUGCGGUUCUGAUGGAUACAUAAAGGUCAAGAAGUAUUUUGUAGGACAGCGAUCCUCACUCUCUCUCAUCCUGGGAAGCAGGCAACACCAAAGCGCUCUGGUUUAGUUCUUAAUCAAGCAGGUAAAAAACUAGUCGUGUUAAAAGGAGCGGCUGGCUAACAAGGUAAAAGACGCAUGUGUAGUGACAAUACCUGACAAACGGCAGGUUCCUCUGAAUGAUUAUGUCCCAUGUAGGGACUUAAACAAGAGUGCAAACCAAGGACAUUUUAGUUAUUGUGGUUUCUGCUCCAAUGAUCAUCACUUUUUUCAUAUAAUUUAUUGUUUCAAAUUUCACUGGUCUUUUUGUUUUUAUUUGGUUGUGUUAAUAUGAACACAUUUCUAAAAAAAUAAAUACAUUUUGGAAAUAUUCAUUUAAAGUUUGUUGUUGUGUAAUCCAUCUUGUUAAGCGCAUUCACCACCUAGCAACUAGUUACUAGUCAACGCAGAAUAUGUAACGUAGGCACUGUGUUCAGCUCACAACUAGCAGUGCACACAGACUGCUGA